UUUCAAAAUCAGUGGGCUACCUUAUUUCCCAGACAGAUAAAAACACAUCAGCAAUCUCUGGUUAUGGUGAAGAGAAUAAUGGCUGUUGCAGUAUCAGGUAUUACUUACUUACGUGGAAUUUUCCCUGAAGAUGCAUACAGCACCCAUUAUUUAGAAGAUUUGUGUGUUAAAGUUUUGCGAGAAGACAGCAUCUAUCCAAGAGUAUCCAAAAUUGUUAAAUGGAUGAAAGCAUGCUUUGAGGCACUAGAAAAAAAAAUAUGUAAGUCACUGCAAAUGAUGAUUCUCGGAGUGCAGAAGGACACAGCUAACCCAAGUAAAACGAUAGAAUCUUAUCAAUUUAAAUUCAGAUAUACAUCAAAGGAACCACAGAUGGAUGUAUUCAGCAAUAAGAAAACUAAUUUAACAAAUGAUGCAACAGAAGACAUAAAGAGGACCUGUCUUCUUCUAAUUCAUAACCUCUAUUUUAUGAUGGAAAAUAUUGUUUCUCUUCCUAAUGAUGUCUCUCUCACUAGGAAGCUAUUUUAUUAUGCAGAUGGCAAAGGAUUCUCUCAGGUGUGUGUUUGUUUGUUUUUAAUAGUGACCCCUCCAGAAUACCAGCCUCCUGGCUUUAAAGAGGGAGAGUCAGAGUUUAUCUUAUUCAAAGGCAUUCCUGUGCAUGUGAAGGUGGGAGAAAUAGAAACAUCUUUCCAUAUGUUAAAGCUGAAGAUUCUUAAAACAGAGGAGAGGAUAGAGUCAAUGGAUAUACCUGGUAUCCUGAAAGAAUGUCGCGAAGAUGCAGAAAGAGAAAAGGAACAGAGGCGGGACACUUUAGGAGAAUACAUUAAUACAGAAUAUGAACCACCGAGAUCUGAAGAGGAAUUUGUUGAUAAAUACCACAAGGUCAAUGAUGAAGCUACAAGAAAGAGGAAGAUAUCAAAGAAGAAAAAGAAGAAUAAAUAAGGAAUGUAUGCAUGUGCAAGCACUUUGAAUUCAGCUAAGCCCACAAGAAGUAUUUUGGUUGCUUGAAAUAUACUGAAGAGAUUUUUAUUUUCAAACUGAAGAAGGAACUUUAGUUCAAGCAGCUGUUUUUAAAUCUUUUCAGUCUCAAAUUCUAAUAUACCCAGACUGUUUUUAAAAGGGAAAAAGUAACUUAUUUUAUUGAACAUUUAUAAAUAAAAGGUGUUAACGAAAAAAAUAAUUUGUCUACAAAAUACAAUGACCGAACAGCUAGGCUUGGUGUUUUUCAUUACUGAAUUUUAAGUUCUUCUAUUAAUUUGACAUUUGAAAUCAGCUAAAUACAUUUUCAUGGUGGUAUCCCAGAAUCCAAAAAUGAUUCAUUCCUCACCUUGCCCCAACAGGUCAGACUCCGCCCUACAGGUCUUAAAGUUUCACAGUAGGGGUUCCCUUUAAUCUCCUAGAUAUAUUAAACUUUUAUUUACUCCUGUAAAAUUGUCUUGGUGUUGUACCUCCAUCUAGCAGGAAGGGAAAGUGACCACCAGCAACAGUGAGGCUCUGUAAGUUGGUUAUUAAAGGGCAUAAAAGAUACAAUCCAAUUCUCUUUGAAGUCAACCAGAGUUGAAUGGAGUAAUUCAUGAUUAGAGAACUGUGUCAGUCUCCUCUAGAGCUCCAUGGAAUUGGAUGAGUGCCAUAAGCACAAGGAGCAUGCACUCUGAUGCAGCUCUCUUAGUCAGGUUUCUGAUAUGCUAGAACAUUGAAGGGACAAUUCCUGAAAGAUGGAGAGCAUUUGCCAAUCCUACUGAAAUCAAAGGGAGUUCUAGGUUCUCAGCACUUCCAAGCAUUUAUUCCUAUGCUGUAAUCAAAGCAUCAAGACAGAUAUAACAAAGAUGAACAGGAUUAGCUUUAGCAAAUUAGAAUUCCAAUAAUUAUUGAUCAGAUUUGCAAGACUCCAGCAUUACAGCUGAGCUACUGAAGAAAAGUUACCAACUAUCAAUGAUAUCUUGCUGGGUACUAGAGGCUUUCAUGGAUUAUUAUUAACUCUAAAUUAUUACAAGAUCUAAAAAAAAUUAAAUCCUCCUGUGGUGCGCACUGACAUGUUAGUUUCUUGUUAUACAAGUGAUCUGGUCAGGUACUAACAAAUAAAGUAGAUUUACCCCUUGCAGUGGUCCCUCAGGCUCAAGUUCAGAGGGAGGCCACUCUGCGUUGCUGCGUCCAGCAAACAAACAGCCUACGGCUCUGGCGCUCUGGCAGGCAGAGCGCAGAGCAGGCUUUUGCCUAGGCCUCUCGGCUAAGACAGCCAGCAAACAAACAGUCCACAGGGCUCAGGCCCUCAGGCAGGAUGGAACACCAAACAGUUUCUCGCCUGUCGUCUUAAACCAGGCAGACAGCAGACAAACGCAGGCCUCUUGGCCUAAGGUGAGGGGAGGUAGCCACCCCAGGGGUGGGGUGGCUGCAGGGGCAUGGUGGACCCAGGUCCUCCCUACUCCACCAGGUCCUGGCCCAGGACCCUAACAGUGACGGUGUGUUCCGCCCCACUGGAUCAGCGGGGAUCCACCCAAAACACACUGAUAGGGGUUCAGGCAACACCACAACAAAACUACAGUCUCGUGUCCCAGGACACCUUCCCACUCUCCCCUCGUGGUGUACCCGUCAUCUUCCAUCUCCAUGGGGUACUCUGCUAUUGGCAGUCCUGGGAGCUCUUCGGUGCCCUGGUCACCUGGUGGCUCUGGCAGCUCAGGUAGGUCCUCAGUGCAGCAGGGGCCCUCCUGAGGCUCCAGCCCCAGCAGUGGGCAGGAAGUGUUUGUCUCCUCCGGCGGCUCCAGCCCAACUGAGCUGCAGGACCCGCCUUUUAUACUUCCCAUCACACCCCUUUGCUUCUGAUGGGAGGUGGGGCUGGGCUGGCUUCACCCACCAGGGGAGUGUAGUGCUCCCUUGGGUUCAGAGGGAGGCCAUUCUACCUCACUAUACUCCUGAACCAACUGUUUUGUUUUUU